AUGCCGAAUCCCCCGAUUGUCUUUAUCGAAAGUCGAGAGCAUUUGGUAUUCCCUGCGAGCGUUGUGAUGUCGGCCGUAGAUCCUGCCCCACGGACAAGACGACGGGCAGCUCAUGCAUGCGAUGUUUGCCGAUUGAGGAAAAUCAGAUGCGAUGGGCACAAUCCAUGUGCUACAUGCAUAGCGACGGAUCAGGAUUGUUCGUAUGGAAUUGAUGUAAAUCCUCGAGGCAAGAAUGACUCGAUUUUGGAGGGCGUCCUCCGCAUCGAGAGAUAUCUACAGGAUAUGAAUGCAAUGAUGGCUGCUUCGCCUGCUUUUAUGAAUCAUCAUGUCGCCAAUGAUCACAAUUCAGGCUCGCCUCAAACGGCGUACUCAGGGGGAGCAACAAUUGCAUCACCAUUACCACAACAGAUAACUAGACCUCGUCAUCUAUCUUUUCAUGAUGAACAAAGUGUCCACAAUGCCGUUCUAUCUUCUUUUCACACUUCGGCUACCGAGUCCAUUCUCUCAUGGCAGCUCUUCGAUGUGUUCCCUUCCAUCAGACAAAACUACACCUCCAUCUUCCAUCUGGAACAAGCAAUUAUGCCAAUCGCUAGCAGGUCGUCUACUAUGCAUCCAUAUGUCGGAAGUCCAGAGCUGGAUCACAUCAUUGAGUCAUUUCAAGCAAACAUAAAUUUUUGGUAUCCUGCGAUGUCAAACAAUAAGAGAAAUCAACUCCGAGAUUGUGUGUUGUUACGGAAAUUGGAGCAACCUACAACUCUAUCUGUAUUGGCUCUAUUGAUGAUGUCACUGGGAUGCGCAAGUCAAUCAAUCAUAGAUAUUGCUGUUCCGAGGGAUCUGACAACGGAUGAGCAUGAGUACUACAAGGGACGGAAACUAAUGGCAGAUAUCUAUUUCGAUGAAGUUCUGAAGAGACUGUACAUUCCUCAUACCGAAAUGAGUUCAACUGCUGUUCAAUGUCUUUUCUACACUGCGGUAUACUUUGCAUUUUCUCAGCGACCACUUCAAGCAUGGGAAUACAUUAACGCAACCGCUGCAAAAUGUCGGCUGCUCUUAUCUUACCACUCACCUGGAGAAUCGGCCGAAGAUGUCGAAUGUUUAAGGCGCAUCUUCUGGUCAUGUUAUAUACUUGAAAGUGACUACCUUGCGGAGUUAUCUGGUCUUCCUGAGUCGGGUCUUGCAUCAAUUGAAUCAACUAUACCCCUUCCAGGUAGUUACGAUACACACGACUCACAAGUAGACGAAGAACAUUCAUCACUCUAUUUCCUAGCAUGUAUCUCAAUGCGUCGACUUCUAAAUCGCGUUCACAACCUUCUCUAUGCUAAGGAAACCGGAGCAAGUCUUGACGACGCACGUUUCCCGUUCAUUGUGGAAGAACUAGACCAUCAACUCGAAGAAUGGAGGGACUUUUUACCCCCAGCUUUACAAUUCGUCGUCGAUACACAACCUGCUCAAGGUCAACACGCAGGAUUUCUGAGACAGAGAUAUUUGACAUGUAGAAGCGUUAUUUAUCGACCUUACUUGACUUGGGUUCUUACAAAUCAUUCUCAAGACAUAAAUGUCGCACAAAAUGUACUGGAAAAGUGUCGAAAUUGCUUAGAUGCCUGUUUGCUUCACAUAAUUAAUUUACGAGGAAUGACGGGCGCAAUGCUUGUACUCCUCGCCGCUUCCCGUCUCCCAUAUCUCCGUAUUCUUCUCGGCCAAGACGUCACAAACAUUGGAUCACAUCUUCAAACAUUAAUCAAAAGCUCAGAUGAGGUCUCCGCAAACCUUGAUCCCACCAAAUCCAACAAUGACACGAUCACAACUUCACCGAACUCAGCUGUUGCUGUCUUUCCUGAGAACACAGCUUUCGCAAAAAGGCUGGUCAGAAAAAUAGAUUUAAGACUUAUGCCAUUGAUGUUUAUAACGUUUAAUUUUAAUUACAUCGAUAAGAGUAUUUUGAGCACUGCGGCUGUGUUUGGGUUGGUUGGGGAUACGCAUCUCGUGGACGGCCAGUUUAGUUCCAUCUCCAGUGUCUUCUAUUUCGGCUAUCUUUUGUGGGAAUACCCCGGUGUCUAUCUCAUCCAAACCCUCCCUGUUGCAAAAUAUAUUGCAGCGGAUAUUGUGAUCUGGGGAAUCAUUGUUGCGAGUACGGCUUCAUGUACCUCUUAUGAGGGACUAAUGGUAGCGAGGCUAUUCACGGGGAUGGUAGAAUCAAGUAUUAGUCCAGCGUUUCUGUAUGUUACGAGCAUGUGGUAUACGAGGGAUGAAAUGCCUAGUCGUAUGGGGCUGUGGUAUGCGGGGAAUUCUUUUGGGGGUGCCGUCGCUAGUUUGCUCUCUUUUGGGAUUGGACAGAUUCAUUCUUCAUUGAAACCUUGGAAGUUGUUAUAUAUUAUAUUUGGAUUAGCAACAGCUAUAUGGGGCUUUAUUGUCCUCGUUUUCCUACCAGAUACUAUCUCCAGAGCCAAGUUUCUCACCCCGGAAGAGAAGAAAUGUGCAGAGGAGAGAGUUCGUGUAGCAGGGACUGGAAUUACUAUGUCUGUCAAAAACGACUGGAAAGGCGAACAGGCCAUCGAGUGUCUACUCGAUCCAAAAACGUGGUUUUGCGUUUUCAUUUCCUUGUUUACCAUGAUCCCGAAUGGAGGAACAACCAGUUUCGCAAACAUUCUCAUAACAAGCUUUGGAUUUACUGGUCUCCAAUCAACUCUCAUCUCCCUCCCAUCUUCUCUAAUAUCUUUUCUCACAAUCGUAAUAUCCGGACAUCUCGCGUCCCGCUAUCGCGACACCACGACUCUUCUUCUCUCUACCCUUCUUCUUCCCCCUAUUAUCGGCGCAAGCCUCAUGAACUGGGCUCCUCUCAAUUCGCUAAAACUAACAGGGUUCUAUCUCAUUGGCUUCUCGCAUGCGACUAUUCCAUUAACAAUGAGUCUUAUAGGAGCGAACACAAGAGGGACGACAAAAAAAAUGACAAUGAGUGCUUGUAUCGAUGGCGGUGGGACUGAGGGAUAUUUAAAGGGGGUUAAUGGGAGGAGGGAUAGAGAGGAAUGGGGUUUGGAGUCCGAGGAUGAGGAACCAGAGGGAGAAAUGGACAUGGGCGGGGAUCUCACAGAUUUUCAAACUCGAGGAUUCAGAUAUAGAUUAUAA